CACAUUAGCCAAGUUUCCAUACCCAUGCACCCCCCUCAUAUGAACAAACAAAAAAGUUGCUCUUAAACAAGUAACAACCCUUUUUUUAUCCUCUUCUUAUGUGUCCACCAUCCCUCAAGACCUAAGAACAUACCCUUAAAAUCAAACCUCCUAACAAAAAUGGCAUUAAGCAACAAUGUGAUAGGAGCCAUAAACUUCCUAGGCAUACUACUUGCAAUACCAAUAAUCGGCACCGGUAUAUGGCUAGCCAGUGAUCCAGAGAACUCAUGUAUCAAGAUCUUACAAUGGCCGGUUAUAAUCAUAGGUGCAUUGACGUUAAUAGUUGCACUAGCCGGGUUCGUAGGCGGGUUUUGGCGUAACGCUCCCUUGUUGAUAUUUUACCUUAUUGGUAUGCUUAUCAUGAUUAUUUUGUUAGCUUCUUUGGUUGUUUUUGUGUUCAUGGUUACCUCUAGAGGAGCAGGUCACCCGGCCCCUAGCCGGGCUUACUUGGAAUAUCGACUCGAUAGUUUUUCGGGCUUUCUUCGACGUAGGGUUCAUGGCCCGUUUAAAUGGGCCUUGAUUAAGAGUUGCUUGAGCUCAACUAGCUUUUGUCCUGAGUUGAACCAGACUUAUACUAUGGCUCAAGAUUUCUUCAAUGCUCCUCUUUCUCCUGUACAGUCAGGAUGUUGCAAGCCACCUACAGCAUGUGGGUACACUUUUAUAAACCCAACUUUUUGGAUAAGCCCAAUUGAUACAGCUGCUGAUAUGGACUGUUUGGCAUGGAAUAAUGACCAAAACCAGCUUUGUUACUCUUGUGAAUCUUGCAAAGCUGGUUUACUUGCUAGUCUUACUAGGCAAUGGAGAAAGGCUAAUAUCAUCUUAAUUAUCACGCUAGUCGCGCUAAUUUGUGUUUAUCUUAUUGGCUGUUGUGCUUUUAGGAAUGCUAAAACCGAGGAAAUUUUCCGAAAAUAUAAGCAAGGUUAUACAUAAUAAUUAGGAGUAAUUACUGUUAUUAUUGUAAUUCAAGUGAUCAUAACAUUUGCUUCAGUGUUUUUUUUUAAUCUUUGUAGUAAGUGUAAUGCACUUCUGGACAUAUUGUUGAGUUUAGCUACAAAAGUUGGAUGCACUUUUGUAGUAA